CAUCUCAAAGAUGGCGGCGUCCUUCUGAAGCAAGGUGGAGAUACACAGUACGUGAGCACCCUAGACUACUCAUCACAAUGGCAGCGGCAAGGGAGGUGGGCCGAUCUGUGGCAUGUCUGUCCUCCAUGCUGUCCUCCAUGUUGAGGAUGUCUCCCACAGCUGCUGGUGUGAGGAAUAUCACCACCAGCACCAGUUUAAAUGGCAAGAUGAAGUUUAUCAAUCAAGGCAUCGACCUCAAUAAGUACACAUUGAAACCAUUGCCUUUAACCAAGUCUGGAGGCCGUGAUUCAAGUGGGAGAAUCACCAAUCGCCGAGUUGGUGGAGGUGCCAGGCAGAGAUACCGAAUGGUGGACUUCAAGCGUGUUGGCCCCAAAGACGGACCCCCAGUGGAAGAACAGGUGAUGGAAGUGCUGUAUGACCCCUGUCGCUCUGCGGAUAUUGCGGUCGUUGCUGGAGGCAACAAGAAGCGCUACAUCCUUGCCUCCCAGAACAUGCAGCCAGGGGACAUCAUCAAAACAUCCGGCAAAUUGACCAAAAUAGCUGUGCGAGGUCAAGAAGGCGAUGCUCAUCCAAUUGGAGCUCUCCCCAUAGGAACCCUGGUCCACAACUUGGAGAUAUUUCCAGGACAGGGAGGUAUAUUUGCCCGGGCAGCAGGCACCAGUGCUCAAAUUGUCCGCAAACUCGGCGAUCAGUGUGUGUUGCGACUUCCGUCCAAGCGAGAAGUAGCAGUAGCUGCAGACUGCAUGGCUACCAUUGGCCGGGUGUCCAACGUGGAUAACGACAAAAAGAUCAUUGGUUCAGCCGGACGGGCCAGAUGGUUCGGGAUUCGACCUAAGAGUGGAUUGUGGCAUCGGAAAACUGGUUAUAAUGGUCGUAAGAUCAAGCAGCCUAAGGCUCUUAAAGUUUAUAAUAAACCUCCACAGGAAGGUCCUUCGGUUUAUAGAUAUACGGUGUAAUGACGUGUGAUUUAGUCAGGUGGCAUGGUGUUUGUGUAUGUGAGUUCAAUGUCAUUUGGAAAGAUGUUAUUAAAUAUAUACGUCAGA